AUGCGGCGUCGGCAAUCCCUCGUCCCUGAUCUCUUCCAUGUCAAGCGGACCAUUGUGACGAAAGCUCCGCCGUCCAUCCAUACCGAAAUCUGCGGCACGUACACCGACAUUGACUCGGCGGAGGCGGCGGGCUUACAUCGACUUGAAGAUGAAGGCUACACUCGAUCCAGCCUCAGCGAGUAUGCAGAGAACCAUCUCACCGGGGCGCCGUCUUCAACCUGGCAGUAUGGCGACAAUGUCCUCGUGCAUGCCCGCCACGGCGACGAGAUCCACGAUGUCGAGAUCGAGACCACGCCGAAUUCGCUGGGAGUGCGCUCCAAAUCCUCCGAUGGCAGAGUGUGGGACAAUUUGUUCUAUCUACUCCGCACGGUGCAGAGCAAGUCUGGCUCGGUCAACACGGAAAUCAGGGGGAUACACCUGUCCAAGCAGGCGGCGGUGGCGGCGGCGAGGCAUGAAUUGCUGAGCGGUGAACACGGGCGGGAUUGGUAUCUUGAAUACGAUGAAGCCCCGGUGUCAGCUCGAGACGACGACACGUCGAGCCAGUUUGUGGUGAGCGCCAUGGGCCAAGAUGGCGUGAGGUACGUCAUGAGUGUGACGCAUGAAACUUGA